CUCGCGGGGACCCGAGGGGCGCGUGCCGCGGCGCGGGGCGAGGCGCGGGGCGCUGGGCGGCGCGGCGGGGCCCCUCCCCCCUGCAGCCUGGCGCGCGCCGGCCGGGCCGCACCGCUGCGGGCUCCGCGCGCGCGGGCCAUGUCCGCCUUCUGCCUGGGCUUGGCCGGCCGCGCUUCAGCACCCGCGGAGCCGGACAGCGCCUGCUGCAUGGAGCUGCCCGCAGCGGCCGCGGACGCAGUCGGGAGUCCAGCCGCCGCCGCCCUCAUCUCCUUCUCCGGGGGCCCCGGGGAGCUGGAACUGGCGUUAGAGGAGGAGCUGGCGCUGCUGGCGGCCGGGGAACGGCCGUCCGACCCCGGGGAGCAUUCUCAGGCCGAGGCUGGGCCUCCGGCCGAGGGGUCCGGACUGCAGCCGCCGCCCGCCCAGGAUCCCGAACUGCUGUCGGUGAUCCGGCAGAAAGAGAAGGAUCUGGUGUUGGCGGCCCGGCUGGGCAAGGCGCUGCUCGAGAGGAACCAGGACAUGAGCCGGCAGUACGAGCAGAUGCACAAGGAGCUGACAGACAAGCUGGAGCACUUAGAACAAGAGAAACACGAACUAAGAAGACGAUUUGAGAACCGAGAAGGGGAAUGGGAAGGGCGCGUGUCAGAGCUGGAGAGUGAUGUGAAACAACUUCAGGAUGAGUUGGAGAGGCAGCAGGUUCAUCUACGGGAAGCAGAUCGAGAAAAAACACGGGCUGUCCAGGAAUUAUCAGAACAGAACCAGAGGUUAUUGGAUCAACUCAGCAGGGCCUCAGAAGUUGAGAGACAGCUCUCCAUGCAAGUCCAUGCCCUCAGAGAAGACUUUCGGGAGAAAAACUCCUCGACUAACCAGCACAUCAUCAGGCUUGAAAGCCUUCAGGCUGAGGUGAGUCCGCCUAUCAAAAUGCUGUCGGAUCGGAAACGGGAGCUAGAGCAUCGUCUCAGUGCCACCUUAGAGGAAAACGACCUGCUCCAGGGGACUGUGGAGGAGCUACAGGACCGGGUGCUGAUCCUGGAGAGGCAAGGCCAUGACAAAGACCUCCAGCUGCACCAAAGCCAGCUGGAGCUCCAGGAGGUGCGGCUCUCCUACCGACAGCUGCAGGUGAAGGUGGAGGAGCUCACCGAGGAGAGGAGCCUGCAGAGCUCUGCCGCCACCAGCACGUCCCUCCUGUCCGAGAUCGAACAGAGCAUGGAGGCUGAGGAACUGGAGCAAGAGAGAGAACAGCUGAGACUGCAGCUCUGGGAGGCCUACUGCCAGGUCCGCUAUCUCUGCUCGCACCUCCGGGGGAACGACAGCGCUGACUCGGCCGUCUCCACGGACUCCUCGAUGGACGAGUCUUCGGAAACCUCAUCUGCCAAGGACGUGCCAGCCGGCAGCUUGCGCACGGCCCUCAGUGAGCUCAAGAGACUGAUACAGAGUAUUGUGGAUGGCAUGGAGCCCACGAGCUCCCGGAGAAUUGAUGAUGACUCCUUAGAAGAACAGAUAAGGCAGACCAGUGAGGACUCAAGAGCCCUAAGGGAACUCAUGGAGGGAGAGAGGGGUAAACUGAGGCAAAGCCUAGAGGAGCUGCAGCAACUCCACAGUCAGGUGACACUGCUGAGUGUGGAGAUGACUGCACUGAAGGAGGAGAGAGACCGACUCAGAGUGACGUCUGAGGACGAGGAACCAAAGGAGCAGCUUCAGAAGGCCAUCAGGGACCGGGAUGAGGCCAUUGCGAAGAAGAAUGCUGUGGAGCUGGAACUUGCCAAGUGCAAGAUGGACAUGAUGUCACUGAACAGCCAGUUGCUGGAUGCCAUUCAGCAGAAACUGAACCUCUCACAGCAGCUUGAGGCGUGGCAGGAUGACAUGCACAGGGUCAUUGACCGGCAGCUGAUGGACACGCGCCUGAAGGAGCGGAGCCGGCCUGCUGCCGCCCUCUCGGGGGCCCGGGGCGCGGGGCGCGGGGACGAGCCCAGCACCGCCGAAGGCAAACGGCUCUUCUCGUUCUUCAGGAAAACUUAGGCUGGGAGGAGUCAGGCCAGCAAGGACGGGCGACUUUGGACUAGAGGUGACUGAAAUGGGGUGCUUGCACGAGGGCUCCCCUGGGCCAGCUCGGCGGCCGCACUGCCCACCUACACCGGGGCCGAGUCGUCUGGGAGGGCCCACUCGGCCUCUGAAGGCUGCCCUCAGCAGAGGGACAGGCGGCAAGCCCUGUCCCCACUGCCAGGCCACACCCAGCCUGGGCUUCCCCCGGAUCCGCUGUCGUUGAGCGGGGCUCAGGCUGUCUCCAGAGCGGGCCCUUGCUUGGGCUCUGCCACUCAGACCCAGUGGAUCGCAGCCCACCCCGCCCACCCCUCAGUGGCUCCCGAAUCCAACCCCAGGCACUGCUGCGCCCCACCCCACCCCCAAUUUUAGAAUACGGGGAACAGAAGGAAUGGAGGCUGUUCUCUGCAUGCCUCAGGAGGCUGUCGUGGCCCCCAGCUGGCCUGAGCUGCGGGGGCCUGGUGCCUACAGGACACUGGGCCCAUGGCUAAGCCUCCGUCCCUCCCCCACCAGCCUCUGGCCCAGGGAGUAAAGGGGGAAGCGGCUCCUCACCCACGUGCAUGCACCUCUGCCCAGAGCACCUCUGCGGCAGGAGGCCCAGCCUGCAGGGCCCGACGGCCGGGGGCUCUUCUCUCGC